AUGGAUUCAGGUAAGUCACUGAAGGGGUUUGGGGCGUGGAAGGGAGAGAAAAUUAAUGUUUUCCUGGCACUGGAGAGUCCCUUUAAUAAAGAGUGACAACUAUUCCAAAUGAAAUGCAUUUUAUGUCACAAAUGUAUGAUAUAGAACGUGCGGAGAGCAUGCUAUGGUAGUAGUUUUAAAAUAAGACCCUACAAAAGAAUGUCUAUCACCUGAAACAGGGGUCAUUUAAAGAUUAAAAACUGUCUAUGGAUGAAUGAAAAAAUGUAUUCCUCCUACGGCUGCCACAAGGCUCUACUUUUAGCAUAGGCGUGGUGGGUACUACAGUUAAAUGGGCAUCCUUAAAUAAAAAUCCAAUUGAACUUUAGAAAAUAAAUAACGCCAACCUUAAAUUGACCUAUGCCAUGGCUUACUGUAAGUUCAGUGUGAUUGGCUGGUGACUGCAUUGCUCUUCUUCUUUGAAUUAAUCCCAAUAGUUGAAGUCACACAACCUUGUUUUCUUUAGCUUUCAAUAGUCUAUCACCAGCACCACAAGAAAAAUCUUAUCACUGGGGUUGAUCAGAUGGGUGGCAAGUCAACUUUGGAGUAAAUCCCUUUAAGAACAGUUUUAACCACUUUAAAUAAAAUGUUACCCAGGACUUCUAGACCCCCGUAAUGACUUUGAGAUGAAGUUAUGGGACCCAAAAUGGUCUUUUAGCUAGGCAGGUCUUUAAUUUGGCCAAGUAAGUUUACGAAAACUUUAAAAGGAACAUUCAAGACACUUCAUCUUGCUGAAAUGCUGUAUGUAUCUGGAGUCUAACAUUUUUUUUUUUGACAGUUUAUGAAAGUGCCGCUUUGAGUAGAAUUUUACAGAUCCCCUCUCCCCCAACUAUCGCUCAGACAGCCAGGGAGGCUUUCUUCUACAAUAAUAGCACCUACUACAGCUCGUUUAGGAGUGCUGACUUAUUUAUCCACAUAAAAGAAAAAACUUUUUAUGUUGUAGUUUACUAAAAAAAAAAUAUAUAUAUAUAUAUCCUAUGCUACUAUUCAGGUUAUUUGCCGUGGCAAACUAAUCAGGGGUGAAUUUCUACUCACUAAGACUGAAUUUACACUCGCCAUUGGUUAGUGGAGAAUGAAAAUUUUCAACCUUGCUCUUAGAUUUAGUAUAAUAUACACAAUAUAUUUUCACAUAUUUUAAGUAAAGUACGCCAGACUAAGUUUCUGGACUAAGUUUCUACCAUAGUUUUCAAAGAUGUUUCCCGCCCCAGGCAAGCACUAAAUCUUACCAACUAACUUACUGAUUUGUAUUGCAAGGAAUAUCUGGUGAAUAAAGUCUAUGAUAGAAAUGGUAGCUUCAGCGACACCUAGUGGCUUUUUAUUUUAUCCACAAAUGGUCUGGCAACAAGCUCAAUAGUUGUUAAAACGCUGCUGUACGUAUGUUAAAUGCAUUGGAGUAGGAAUUUUAGCCUUAUUACUCCACUGAUGCAGAUGUAAAAUAACAGAUGGAAUUAGUAUCUUGCAAUACCUUUUUUUAACUGGAUUGACUGAAUUUUGGAAUGACAAGCUUUCAGGAGAUUCUUUCACAAGUUUAAAGUAUUUCUGAGCAAAACGACACAGAAUUCAAAGUUGAGUUGUGAUACACACGUUAAAGCGACAUUAGACUAGAUAUGACAAAGGUCUAAUUAGGGUAAAAGGAAGACAAAUGAAAGAAAAUAGACACCACUCUUCAAGAGGGACAUAAAUAUUCUGUAUAAAUAUUAUAGUAAGGAGAAAGAGAAGAAAACAUGCAAGCAGGGCAGGAGAUGGUUUUAGAAGGGGAAGAGUAAACUCCGUUAACCAGCGACACACAAUCACACGAACAGAACUUGUGAGUGUAACUGUAUAGCAGUGCCACACUGUAUUUUUAACUGUACUACAUUAUGAUAUUUGUCUUCUUUGUUCUAUAUAAGCACUGUGUCCCCUUACGAUACUUUGUGGGGAGAAACUUUACUGAGAAGUCUUCUGGGGAAGCUGGUACCGUAUCCCACACACUAUUGGUGGGUAAUGUGUGUAAGUAUUUGCAUCUGUGUGUCAGGAUGUAUGUAUCAGUGUGCGUCAGGGCUGCCAUCAGAAAUUGUGGGGCCCCUGACACAACUCAAGGUCUGGGUCCCCCUGGGGACCUGCCCCCAAGUCCACCCACAGGAUUGUACUGAUUGUGGUGUGUGUGUGUAUGGUGGAUGCAGAUUGUACAUUUGUGUAAUGUAUGAGGUGUAUAUUAGAUGCAGAGUGUGUGUUUGUGUGUAUUAGAUACAGUGAUAUAGUGUUUAUGUGUAUUAGAUACGGUGUGUGUAUAGUGAAUGUGGAGUGUGUGUAUUAGAUGCGGUAUAUAUAGUGAAUACAGAGUGUGUGUUUGUGUAAUGCAUGUAGUGUUUGUGUAUAGUGAAUGCAGUGUGUGUUUGUAUAGGCAGCCGUUCGCAUGAAGAAACCCACAAAUUGUCCUCAGCGGUACUUAUCCACGAUUGUUAUGGAACUAAAUUCGGCAUGAGGACUUCGUGGGUUCCCGGGCACCUUAUCGGGACUUAGCCGCGAAUGUUAUGGAACUGUUUUUGGGCAUGAGGUGACCGCGCGGCUCCCAGAAAGCUUGGUCUGGGGUUUUGAACGACUUUGAAAACUAGACUAAGGGGAACAAACACUACACGAGACCCAGGCGGAGCACCCCAUAUUGCAGCCACAGGAACUCUCGAAAGUUGACUGGCCAAGGCACCAAACGCCCUGGAAUUGUGUUGGGCAUAGCACCAUGUGUGCGGCCAUUCAGAACUUUGACACGGUGGCGUUUCCUCUACACAGCAUGGAUCUAAAUGCUUUUUGGAGAACUUGGGCGCUCAGAUCAGGGCUAUUUAAGUAUGUCAUUUUUGUGGGGUUAUUAUAUAUUUUUUAUGAUGUUUUUUGGGGAGUUUUAUGCUUAGUCAUCCUGACUCAGAAAUCAGAAAGCAUAUGCACUGGUUCACCGGUUGCAGAUUCAGCAGAAAUUAUGAGGACCACAGGAAGGCCCCUUUAGUAGCAAAUUUUAAUUAAAAAAAACGCCAUAUGAGGGCUAAUACAGAAGUGGACAUCUCAUGAGCAUAGAACAGUCACCCGAUGUUUAGGCUAGAUAAGAGCAUCGCUCUCUUGUGAGGACCACUUGGGAAGGCACUUUGAGUAGGCCACCACACGAUCCCCGGACUUUAGAAAGAGCCAACACCAUUUCUGCACAGAUUCAGCAACUUGCAGCAAUCAAGUUCACCUCACUCAGGGGUCUGUAUAAGAAGAUUGCCCUGAUAGGCUACAAAGAUGAGACAAAAUCACUGUGUAAAUCAGUGUAAGAGAAACAAUGUAUACAUGCGUCUGUCCAGUGUGGCGGUCAGGCCCUGCACCUGUCUUUCUCCAUUUUAUUGGACCGUAGUCUUUCAGUUAUUAAGAAAUCCUUAAAAAAAACAAUUUAUUUAAAAAAACAAACAAACAAUUUUAGAGAAGUAUACAGGCUACCUUUUUUUUUAUCCGUUUUCAAAGACCUUUAUAUACAAAAACACUGACCUGUCCUUCUGAAUAAAAACUACAUUUUCAUUAAUUUACAUAUACUGCAUAAUAUCCGCAGAUCUGUCAAUCAGUCUACUGAGCAUAAUGUAUCUUUUGUGUAAUUAUUAUACCCUCUAACCUGUAGAUUAAAUGGUUCACCACAAUAAGGCCCUUACCUACCAUAUUCUUUCGCAUUUACUAUUUAUCAUUGUGUGUCUCCCCAUUGUACAGUGUUAAUUCAUAUGCUGUUGCUAAUUAAAUAAUAUUAAUAUUGAUUUCCUGUGCAUUUGAUUUAUUUUAUUUGUUUUCCACUAAAAGAAAGACAAUGAACUAUUGGCUAAAACUUUUUUGUUUAAAGUAAAGUGUGCCUUGCAAAUCACGCUGUAAAGCUGUGAAGAUUUUAAUCACUAGAUGGCGAUCUUGCACAAAAAAAGAAGGAUGCGUGUAAUCUAAUCUACGUGAAAGUGCAUUUUAAACUGAAAAUUCCUUCAUUAUUGUGAAGUUUCACUUUAGUUAUUUUCAAAUAUAUUGCUUCCAUUCAAUGUACUAGAAAGGAUGUCAAACAGCAGUUGGCAGGAUGAAGAUGGAUAUCACUUAAAUAGGGAAAAAAGAAAACUGCCAUGGAAUAAAAGAAUAUGAAAAUUCAAGUCGCCUAAAAAGGGGAUAUGAUAGAAUUAUAUAAAUGUAUUGAGGGCCAAUACAAUCCAUUGUCUAGACAGCUAUUCAUAAACAGGACUAUAUAUAGGAUAUGAGGUCACGCAUUUAGACUGGAAGAAAGGAGAUUUAGUCUAAGGCAAAGGAAGGGGUUUUAUACAGUAAGAUAAGCAAUAAGGAUGUGGGAUUCUUUCCCUUGAUGAUUUGGUUUAUCAGAGUCUGUGCAGAUGUAUAAACAGCAAUUGCAUAAAUACUUACAAAAACAAUAUUCAGGGAUAUAUUUUUUUAAUAUGUAGGUUAACAUCUUUUUUCCAAUGAGAGGCCCGACUGCCAUUCAAGAAGGAAUGUUUUAUUCUAGUUUGCUGCCAAACUGGAAAGCCCUUCAAACUGUUUUUUUUUGUUUGUUUGCUUGUUGAUCAACAACUAAAACAAAUUUGAGAAAGCCUGCACUCAGUGGUGGAACCCCAUCAGGUGGCAACAUGUACUUUGGGCCACCUGGUCGGACGCUGUAGACCUUUAACAGCGCAACCAGGCCCACUUCUUUUUGUCAGCCAAGGAGGAAGUGAGAGCCUGUUGCAACUACCAAAGCCAGCUGACUGGACCCCAGAGAACCCAUCCUCCAGCACUAUAAAUGUAGGAUACUGCAGGGUGACUAUAAAAGUGCUUUGACCUGCAUUUAUUUUUUAUGUCUGUCAAUGUGUGUGUAUCUGUAUGUCUGUCAGUUUGUGUGUAACUCUAUGUCUGUUAGUCUUGUCUAUGUGUAUGUCAGUGUGUGUGUGUGUGUGUAUCUAUCUAUGUAUGUAUCUGUAUAUGUUUCUGUGUGUAUGUCUGUGUGUGUGUAUGUCAGUGUGUGUGCAUCUGUGUGUGUGUCUGUAUGUAAAUGUUUGUUUGUAAGUGUGUGUGUGUGUCUUUGUGUCUGUGCAUCUUUGUGUGUAUCUAUGUGUUUAUAUGUUGUCAGUAUGUAAAUGUGUAUCUGGAUGUUGGUAUGUGUGUGUCAGUGUGUAUCUGUGUUGUCAGUAUGUGUAUUUGUGUAUCUCCACGUGUGUCAGUGUGUAUAUCUGUGUGUCUGUAUCUGCAUGUGUGGCAGUGUGUGUAUGUUUAUCACAGUGUGUGUGUGGCAGUGUAUGUGUAUAUGUGCAUACAUCACAGCAUUUAAACGCCAACACUACACAGAAUUCUAAAAUUAUAUAUAAAACACCGCAUUUAAAAAGCAAGACUACACAUAAAUGCAUGCUUGCAUUCUAACACCAACACUACAUACAAACACACCCCUACAAUCUCACACACACACACACACACUCCAUAUCAAAAACAUGCUUACAUUCAAACACACAAACACUGUUCACUGCUAAAUACAACCCUACACGCAUGGGAAAAUGGUACAUCCACAGCUGUCAAAGCAUUGUAGGAGAUGUACGACAGCUAGGGGUCUACCUUUUGGCCCUCUUGCGAAAAGGGAGGUCCAAAAAAAUUCUUGCACCAAUGCCCUCUGUAUGUUGGUUCUGCCACAGGCUGAACUUGAUGAUGCAUGUCUCUUUUUAUCUAUGUAACUAUUUAAGGUGGCGUAUUCUCCAGAGAUCUGUCACCUAACACUGAAUUUACAUAAUCCAAAUGAGCAGAAAAGCCUUGUAUAAAUCAUUUUUUGUUGACCAUUAUAAGUACAGUUUUGAACUCGUAUUUUCCACUAACCCUAAUCUGUCUUUUGGAAAUUCCAAUAAAGUUGGAUAAACUGAAUGGUCACUGGCCACCUAUAAGCAAAUCAGAGCUAAUCAUAUGUUAGAAGAACGGCCUACCGGUUAGCAAUGCAUAAGCAUUUUUUCUUCUUAAUCAAGUUUUUUUUAAAUGAUUUUUUAUGGAUAUUCAAUGAAGAAUGUACAUUGCAUUGGUGCUGAUCAAGGGAUGCAGUCUUUCUUCUCUGGGACCUGUGUUUGCUUUACCUUUUCACGUUAUUCAUAUUAGUGCCAGCUGUUAAUGCUCCUAAAAACAUGACGCUUUAUUUUGCCUUUUUUGACUUUUAUAUAUGUAGUGCUGCCAGUGGCGGAUCCAGAGCCUGAUCUCAGGAGGGGCACUUGUAGAUUAUUUAAAUAAAUAAUCCAGACACAAUAACAACUACAGCUCAGUGUAGUGGUUAUGGUGUCAAUAGUGCCGGGACCCCCUCCCAGAGUAAGUAGUCAAACCGUUUAAGAACAGUUUGACAACUUACCUGAGGUCUGCUGGGAAAUGGGGCUGUCAUAGGGCAUAGGAGCAGUGGUGUGUGUGAGUGGUGCAAUGUGUGAGGGGUGCACUGUGUGUGUGUGAGGGGGACAGUGUGUGAGCAGUGUGUGCGUGUGAAGGUUGCAGUGUGUGAGUGAGGGCGGCAGUGUAUGUGUGUGUGACAGUUGCAGUGUAUGUGUGUAUGGGGGGGCAGUGUAUGUGUAGGGCAAUGUGUGUAUGGGGGGGCAGUGUAUGUGUAGGGCAAUGUGUGUAUGGGGGCAGUGUGUGUGUGUAGGGCAGUGUAUGUGUGAAUGGGGGCAGUGUAUGUGUAUGGAGGGGCAGUGUGUGUGAGUGUGUGUGAUAAGGCUUUUUUUAUAAUAUGCUUUCUUUAAAAUGUAUUUAAUUAAAAUAAAUAUGCAUUAUGUCCCCCCGCCCUUCUUACCUUUACUGGGAGGAGGGGGGACAUUUCUCCAUCCGUGGUGGUCCCAGUGGUGAGGUGAACUCUAGCCCGUGCUCCAAGACUAGAGUUCACUCUCGCAAGAUUUGGAGUGUUGCCGUGGUAACCGCGGCAACGCUCUGUGCUCAAAAGAGUAGGACCCGGAGGAGCUGCAAUCUGAGCUCCUGGGUCCUAUCUCACUCCCUCCCCCACCAGCUGCCACCACAGUGCCUGUGGACCGCGGAGGCAGGGCCAGAUUAAGAGCCCAGUGGGCCUGGUGCUGACAAUUAUGACGGGCCUAAUUACAGAAUCAUAUCGACCAAAAACAGUAAAACACCCCCAAGCGUCAUGUAUCUGAUGGAGAUGGUGCUGGAGAGAAAGAAAACAACAGCUAUAAGAAAACACAAACUCUAGGCUAAUCAUGCAAUCAUGCAGCUGGCCAACUAAGGGCAUACUAUGCAGACAGCACCCUGAGCUUGGCAUAAAUGCAUCUAAUGAUGCGCUCGCUCAACGCUUUCUAAGGACUGUCCCCUCGCACUCGCUGGUCCACUUGUCUCCUUACCUUCUUACUAGCAGGCAGAAGCUCCUGGUAUAUGGUCUGGGACAGAGAAAAGCUGUAUGUAGUGAGUGUAGAAGAAAGGGAACAUGCCACAGUGUUAGAGAGAUCAAAGUCAGCAUUACCUUAAAGGAUCACUAUAGGGUCAGGAACACAAACAUGAAUUCAUGACCCUACAGUAUUAACACCACCAUCUAGCCCCCCUGGGCCCCUCAUGCCUCCAUAAAUAUAGCACAAUCUUACUGUAUUCAAGCCUGAAGCUGUAACUCUGCAUGCUGUUAGACUCAGAAAAACAAGCAGUCUGCUGACAUCAUUAGAAGUGGUGGCCUAAUCCAAUCACAGUGCUUCCCCAUAGGAUUGGCUGAGACUGACAAAGAGGCAGAUCAGGGGCAGUGCCAGCAUGAUUCAAACACAGCCCUGGCCAAUCAGCAUCUCCUCAUAGACAUGAAUUGAAUCAAUGAAUCUCUAUGAGGAAAGUUCAGUGUUUGCAUGCAGAGGGAGGAGACACUGAAUGUUUGGAUGCAUUUUAGGCAGCCAUGACCCAGGAAGGAUCUCUAACAGCCAUCUAAGGAGUGGCCAGUGAAGUUAUCACUAGGCUGUAAUGUAAAGACUGCAUUUUCUCUGAAAAGACAGUGUUUACAGCAAAAAGCCUGAAGGUAAUGAUUCUACUCACCAGAACAAAUUCAAUAAGCUGUAGUUGUUCUGGUGACUCUAGUGUCCCUUUAACUAUAUUCAUUGUCAGCCAGUCCACACAAGUUUUGUUCCCAUACAUCCCUCUUAAGUUUCCAUACUUAAGUAAGAGCAUGUGAAAAGUUGGGUUGCACCACCUUGGCAAAACAUAAUCAUAUGUAAUUACAUAAUAGCAAUGAUGUAAGCAUUUUUCUUCUUAUAAGUUUUUUUUAAAAAUUUUUUAAAAUGCUUCAAAAAGAUGUACUACAUUGGGAUUCUCAAGUAUGCAGGAUUCUCUCUGGGCCCAUGUUUCUUACCCCUCACGUUAUUUCCUUGUGCAGCUGUUAAUGCCCUAAAAACCCACGUUAUAGUGUCUUUUUGCCUUUGUCUAGUAGUCUGCUAGUGGCGUGUCCCCAGCCUCCCUCAGGAGGGGCACCCCAGUUCUCAAAUCCCCAUCCACUACAAUACCACUAUCCUGGGGACAGGGUUACUAGUCAGACUGUGGGAGACCCCCUCACGGAGUAAGUAGUCAAACCGUUUAAGAACAGUUUGACAACUUACCUGAGGUCUGCUGGGAAAUGGGGCUGUCAUAGGGCAUAGGAGCAGUGGUGUGUGUGAGUGGUGCAAUGUGUGAGGGGUGCACUGUGUGUGUGUGAGGGGGACAGUGUGUGAGCAGUGUGUGCGUGUGAAGGUUGCAGUGUGUGAGUGAGGGCGGCAGUGUAUGUGUGUGUGACAGUUGCAGUGUAUGUGUGUAUGGGGGGGCAGUGUAUGUGUAGGGCAAUGUGUGUAUGGGGGCAGUGUGUGUGUGUGUAGGGCAGUGUAUGUGUGAAUGCGGGCAGUGUGUGUGAGAAGGCUUUUUUUUAUAAUAUGCUUUCUUUAAAAUGUAUUUAAUUAAAAUAAAUACGCAUUAUGUCCCCCCGCCCUUCUUACCUUUACUGGGAGGAGGGGGGACAUUUCUCCAUCUGUGGUGGUCCCAGUGGUGAGGUGAACUCUAGCCCGCGCUCCAAGACUAGAGUUCACUCUCGCAAGAUUUGGAGUGUUGCCGUGGUAACCGCGGCAACGCUCUGUGCUCAAAAGAGUAGGACCCGGAGGAGCUGCAAUCUGAGCUCCUGGGUCCUAUCUCACUCCCUCCCCCACCAGCUGCCAGCACAGUGUCUGUGGACCGCGGAGGGAGAUCUCUGAUCUCCCCUCCGGUCCGUGAAGGCACAUUGCAGGGCUAGCGCUGGCAUGUGCUGACAGGGGAGAGGGAGGCAAUUGCCCCGUUGCCCCCCCCCGGAUCCACCACUGCUCCACGCUUGCAUGGCAAGCAACUUUUAAAUUGUGAAAAAAAAGAGAAUACUUAUACAAAGUAUAAGCGAUAUAGCUCCACAUAUAAGAGAAUGAAUACCGUCUGCAAAUACAAUAUCUAUGGGAGAAAAAGGCCAUACAUAGCAUGAUACAGUUAGGACAAAAUGAAUAGCACAGGGGAGGGGGAAAGUGAGAAAACUCACAAGACGUCUCAUAAUUCAGGCUUGUCUACCCACAUGAGGGGUUGUAAGUAGAAUGGUACUUCCACUGGCCAUGCUUAAUCUACUUCCAAGAACACUUGGUUUUGCACCCCUCCCUGUCACAGGUGCCUCAUUCACGGACCCUAAUUAGCUUUGACCUGCAGAGAGUUCCAUGAGAAAGCAUUUCCCAAAUUUGGAAUCCAAACCAGAAUCCUAUUGGGCUGAGCACCACACCAAUCAACUAUAGGGGCCCUUUGGAGGUGACCACAACAAAGUAUACAUUGAGGAGAGUUUUUGGAAGUAGAUUACGCAUGGCCAGUGGUAGUACCAUUCUACAUACAACCCCUCAUGUGGGUAGACAAGCCUGAAUUAUCAGACGCCUCCCAUAGAUAUUGUAUUUGCAGACUGUAUUCAUUCUCUUAUAUGUGGAGCUAUAUCGCUUAUACUUUGUAUAAUAAUAAUUUUUUUUUACUUGUGUUUUGUGGUGUGUGAGGUUCACCAUUAUUAGCUCCUCUGCUCACUCCUAUACCUCUAUUAGUGAUUCAGUCUUUUCUGUUUUUACACUAUUUUAAAUUGUGGCUUGCACCGUCGCACACAAUUUUCAUAAACAGUCUUCAAUGGGAAAGUUCUAUAUGCCAUUAUGUAAAAUCUCCUGUUGCCAUCUUUAACAGUGUGGUAGUCACAAUUACAACAACGGUUGCAACAAAAUAGUCAAUUGAGUUUUCCACUAAACCAGGAAUUGGUAGAGAAGAAUUGAAUGGGUAUGUGCAAAAUAUUAUGAAUAUUUGAAAAUAUUCUAGGACCCAGCUUUUUUUCCAGACUAACUAUUUUGAAAAAGUUGCCAUUCUCCUAACAAUUCUCAACAAUUACGGAUUUAUUAAAUAAAAUGAUAGAGUGAUUGAAUUUUAAACACAUGGUGUGAGAUGAUCAACUCGUUAACACAAUGAUCUGUGUUCUGUUUUCAGUGCCAAUCAGCCAGAGCUAUAUGAGAACAGACCUGGAGUUUGACAUUCGGUGAGAAAAUGUUUCUGUCUGUUAACCUUUAGGUCACAGUGAGCAGUUGCUGUUGUCGCAAUUGUACCACGCAUGUUAAGUGGCAUUUGAUACAUGUGACGGCCACUUUCUGCAUGCUACAUAGUAUAUGCUACAAAUGUUAUCAGCACAAGUGUCCUGUUAUCUCGUUAGAACCAUAUUGCAGAGAUAGUUGAUAUGCUGGCUUGUCAUAUAACACUUUGCAAAACAACAAUCUAUCUCUGGGAAAGUACGCAACAUAUGGUGAAAGAGAACACUGCUUCUGUUAUGGUCUAUUCGUUUGUUGAUAAGAAAGAGACACGAAUACACAAGAAGCAUAUAAGUAUAAAACGGUUGUAUGUACUCUCUAGGAUCUCACAAUGGACAUUUUUGAUUACUUGUAGACAUUAUCUUCUAAGAUUUCCCCAACGCUACAGCUCGACUUGUCUUCUCUUAAUUCCUAGUGAGCCACAAAUAAAAACUUGGUAGUUUAAUAAAAGGAAACAUUAAUCUAUUCAACGCAUUCGUUCAUACAUAGUCAGUGUGAAAAUAUCAAUGAAUAAAAUAUGCUGUAAAAAAAUAUUGCAGCUCCAUUUAGUGGGCAAAGAAUUCUAAGUCUACCUUUGAAGAGCUAGAAUUAAAAAGAAACAAAACAAGACAAAAACAAAAAAACAACAACAAACUGCUAGCCUAUUAUUAUUAUUUUUUUAAAGCAGACCACAUAAUUUUUGCUUUAUGAAUUCUCCACUGCAGAAUGUUUUAGUAAAUUGCAUUAUAUUACUUUGAUGCUUUGAAAUGCAUCACUGUGUCCUGCUUCAGAUAUCAAUUUACCAUAACAGUUAGGAUAGUGUAAAACUUUAUUUGUUUGUUGAAGGGAUAGUAAAAUUGAAAAAUAAUUUAAGUAUUUUUGUUUGUUUUUUUAAUGUUGGAGUUUUUGUAUAAGGGGUGUAUACACACAGCAUAUUCUCAACACAGCAUUAAUGAGUAUUUUCUGUUAUUCCAUGGUAAUCGCACUUGUGAUGAAAGUACCUUCGUUACUGGGAUUUGGAGAGGCCUGCUUGCAAGCCUCUUGCCCUAUGACUAUGGCCCCUUUAAAGUAUUGGGUCUUAAGGCACUUGGGACAGGACCCUCUCUCCUAGAUUGCAUUGGUUGCCUUAAUUGCUUGGAUUUUACAUUACCCCUGGUGUAUUCAUAUAUUGGUUUGUGCAGUUCUAACUUCUAUUAUAGCCAGGAUGAUGUUGUGCAAACAGACGAACAAACUGCCGAACGACCGACCACCCUGCAUGGGGAGUGUGCAGCUUAUUAACCACCCAGAAGCUGUGGUCAACCGCAGCUUAAUUGGUGAACGGCUGGGUGGUCGGCGUUUGUAUGAACGAACAAGUGACGGCGGCCGUUUUGUUUAGCCGAACGCGCUCAGCAGUGUUUUGCCGUCGAAUGCCUGGAACUAUUUUCAGCUACUAUUUCCACAAAUACUCCUGAGACUUCUACCUUCCGUACGUUCAGCUAAAUCCAUACGAACAGAGCGCUAUUUUAGGAGAAUAAACUAACAAACAAGACGACUGCAAUGAAGUUAUGCAUAAACGUAGCCGUUCGUGAAAUUUGUACUUUAUUUGAAGGAGAAGAUAGACCGGCCACACAGCCUAAAUCUGUGGAACCCGUUUGGGCAUGAAAGCUAUGCUUGCGGUCUGUAAAAAGGGACUUCCAUUGAAUUGGUGAACCCCUGCUCUGAUCUAGGUAAUUUCUGGAUAUGUUGUUCACCCAGAUCAGAGCUAUCCAGGGAUGUAGGAUUUAUGGGGAUAUAUUGUUGUUUUGGGGUGUUUCUAUGUUUUGGGUAAAACUGAAUAUUUUCUGCCUGUGAUAAUUAAGUUAGCCCAUUGUGUUUGGUAAUUGUAUCACAGGCAGAGGGGAGGUUUGUGUACAUUAGCUGGGAGUGUCUGACUGUACUGUACUGUGUUGAUUGGCUGUGGUGACUUUGUGUCCUGUGUUCCACAAGGCCACGUGGGUGGUAACCUUGUGGGGAAAAAUGUAUUUAAGAAAUGCCCUUGCACUCAAUAAAUCAGACUUGUUCAGACCUUCAUGAAGUUUCGGUUCAUGUUUGGGGGAUUGAAGAACUACACUCUGGCGGAUUGCUAUAAUCACUAUACUCCUCUGAGUAUAAUAACUAAGUUCUUAUAAGAGCUUGUUCCUGUUCCUGCUCUCUGGAUUAAGAGAGGUUUACCUACUUGAAGCUGGAUCCUGAUUUUGGGUCCAGAGUGGGUGGAAGACAGCGAGAACCCAACCAAGCUGCGGCGGUUUGUGGGGUCUGCGGUGGCUAUGGUGUUUGGUGGAGUGCUUGGAGCCCUCGGGAAGCACUAGGAGCAUCUGUCAGCAGAAGGUACCCAAUCGGGGUGCCAGGCAUUCCGUUACAGCACUGAUGUAAUAGUUGUGGCGUAUUUAGAGCUUAAUAAAACUUUUAGGACUCAGAAUUGGGUUUGGUUAUAUUAUACCACAUUUCUGCAGUGGUUCUCCUCAUUUUUGCUGUGUGAGUUGUACCAACUGUGUGUAUUCUGUACCCAUAUGAUUAAACAUAUGUUUCCACGUUUUGUCAUUUUAAGGCUCCUUGUUUUAUAAGUUUUGAAUUGGAGCAUUUAGCCCCACUACCUACACAUAGCACUAAACAAAAUGGAGUGUUCAGCGUAGAUAUAGUGAGCGCAGUGCAGACUGGAAACUCAGAAAUACAAUAACCUAAUCACUGAUACUUUUUCAAAAUGUGGCAUUUAUUGUCAUCAUAAAAAUAGAUACUAAUUAAGUCAAAAAGGGGGAAACAAAAACUAUAAUAACUAAGUCACUGAUACAAAAAUAAAUAAAUAAAACAAACAAAUAAAUAAAAAUCACUGAUACCCUUUAAAACUUAAAGGGAUACUAUAAUCACCAAAACAACGUUAGCUGACGGGAGCAGUUUUGAUGUAUAGAUCAUGCUACUGCAGUCUCACUGCUCAAUUCUUUGCUAUUUAGAAGUUAAAUCACUUUUUUUCUGUUUAUGCAGCCCUAGCCACACCUCCCCUGGCUAUGAUUGACAGAAAAACAGGUUUCACUUUCAAACAGAUGUAACUUACUUUAAAGGUUAUAUCUCCAGCUCUGUAAAUUAAACUUGAAUUACAUACAGGAGGUCCCUACAUGCUAGCAAGCUAUUAACAGAACAGGAGAUAAGAAAUUCUAAAUUAAACAGAAUGUGCAAUAAAGGAGUGUAAACAUUCGAUGACUCUUUACAGGAAGUGUUUAUGGAAGGCUGUGUAAGUCACAUGCAGGAAGGUGUGACUAGGGUUCAUAAAUAAAGUGAUUUAACUCCAAAAUGGCAGAGAAUUGAGCAGUGAUACUGCAGGGGCAUGAUCUGUACACCAAAACUGCUUCAUUAAGCUAAAGUUGUUUUAGUGGCUAUAAUGUCCUUUAACAUUUAUUGUCAUCGUUUGAAUAAGAUGGACAAAACAUAUAUACCAGUAGAAAGUAUAUUGUCCAGCAAUUUCUGAAUUGUUAUCUAAAUAUUAACUAAACACAAAAGAAAAACUAUAAAGUGCUGAAAAAUAAUAAAUGUAUUCAGUACAAAUAGCCUAGAAUACAAUGGAGUUCCUAGAGAUCACAUAAUAUGUGCAUAGGGGAAAAUAAAACGCAGUUCAAUGGAAAUAAAUAAAUUAAGUUUCCAUAGUUAGAUACAGUGGUGUCCGUGCUGGUAAACAUAGGUUAUAUGAAUGCAGUGGCGUACUAAGGACUGCAGGGGGCGGCCCCCGGCACUCACUAGGGGGAUGCUAUGACUGCUAGUCUCAUGAGUCACCCCCCCCCCUCAAUUUGUAUAGUGUGUGCCGUGGCACCUUUGUGGCUGCACUAUACUGCACAAACUGCAGUAAUAUGGAGGAGCAGGGAAAGGAGUUUUCCGACGUCGAGCAACAUGACGCUGCCGUCACGCCGAUGUGCGCCGCUGCCGCCUGUCCACCUUUACAGAGCGGAAGGAUCUAUCAUCCUGUGAAGCAUCAGUGGUUGGAGGCUCUGAGCAGAGCAGGUCAGUGCAGAGGCAUCAUCAAAUGUGAGUAG